AUUUACAAAAUGUUACAAUCGAAGGAAAACAAAUCAUAAAAACAACCACUUUAUAUUAGGAUUGAUCGCGGUUAAAAUAAUGAUCUCCAGCGAGUAAUGAAUGGCUCUUUCUGAAAACGACAAGGAAAGAUGGAAGAUUUUCCAUCAGAGCUGACCAAAGAUAAUCUGGAGGAAUUUCUUCAUGAUGACAGUGCAUUUGUUGAUUAUUUCAACACUUUCCUUGCUCUACCAUGUUUUCCUGAAAGGAUUUUCUACAACAGAGAAAAUGACUUAUUGGAACAGUUCACACAAAAACUAGUGAAGGAUGAAAGUGACAAUGUUCAAUUGAAAUAUGAUUUAUCCAGUAAUAAUGUACAGAUCAGUUAUUGUGUCACUGUUCUUGAGAGGAACAAAGCCUUGGAAUGGUUGAAGAAAUACAGACUACCGGAGUUCAUCAAGAGUGGACUUUAUGCAGAGUAUAAACUAUCAAAAACAUUGUCAGCAGCUCAGGCGGUCUACAUAGACACAAUAAAAAACGACUUGUCAAGAGCGAUUGUCAAGAGGUUUUCUAAACAUGGACUUUCGAGAUCUUCAGGAGAUGAUGCCUCAUCAGGUCGCCACUCGGCUUCUGAACAAAGUGAAGAUGUUUUUGAUGAGUUUGAAAUAACGAGUGAUUCCUUACGCCCCUCAACUACGGUAGAAAAUAGCGAAAUACGAGAUCCUACAAAUGGAGAAGGCUUUGCAACGAAAAUCACAAGUGGAGUGGAAUCAGAAUAUCCAAGAAGUAUUUCCGAGAAUUUCGGGCAAUCUUUCCCGCCAAUAAUUGUUAAUAAAUUGGAGAGAAUGUCUGUUCAAAGUACCGGAGAUAAAGCGAAUGAAUCAAGUGAAGUUUCGGAGAAUUUUAUUGGGUCGAGUUCAAAUACUACGGGAGAAUCGAGACUUUUUGUCAACAAAGAGGAUGAUGGAGACGCCAGUUUGGAUCAACCAAAAAGCAACGUUGAUACAUCUUGGUAUGAUGACGUUAUGUCUGAUGACGUCAUGUCUGAUGACGUCGUGGUCGAUGACGUCAUAGUUGGUAAAGUUACAGACGAUAACGCUCAUACAUACAAAAGUGUUAUCUCUAGACAUGAAGGUAAUGUACUUGACACAAAGGAAAAACCUUUGAUGAUUAUCGUGACAAGCGCUGAUGACACUACUGAUGGACAGCUGAAAGAAUCCUUGGGCGCAGACGAAGAUCUCAAAGACAAAACUGAACAAUGCAGGUGUUUUCAGAAUAGUGAAAGGGUAGAAAAUAAUAGUAGAAACCUUUGCUUUCAAGAGCAAACAAACGCUACUGAUAUGGAGAGAACUAACACGGAUUCGACACAAGAGAAUGGCGUUGCAUAUAACAAUAGAAAUAUACCAAAUACUAGGGAGGAUAGUUCUGAAAAUAUAACAGUUGACGAGGAUAGUCUAGCAUGGGAGAACAGUUCAUUUCUUUUAAAAACACCAUCGCCAGUUUUGAAUAUAAUUGAACAAGAUAUAGUAGCUAUUGAUAGGAGUAAUGAUGUAAGAAUGAAGGAACCAAACGGCGAUGAAAACGCUUCCCUCGAGGCAAAAGAGUUUGUCAUUGACACACUUGAUGUAACAUUGCAAAAUAAUGUUGUUCAUAACUCAGAAAUCCAGGAAACUACAGACGCCGCUACGAUGGUCAAUUUAGAAAAUUUGCACCCUGAUACGAAACUUUCAAUGGUGGAUGAUCAGACGUCAAUUAUUUUAGACGAUAAAAGUGGAUCAUAUAAAUCACUAGAUAAGCCUUUGAUAGAGCGUACUCGUUCCCAAAGUUCCAUCGCAAGCAGCGAUAUUUCGGUUAGCAGAAAAUCCAGUUUUGCAGAUGAUGAAAGAGAUGAAAUAUUGGAGAACGAAGCGAGCCUUGCUUCCAAAGCAGGAAUGGAUAAAUUCAAAGAAUUUCUCGUCAACACGAAAGGUGAAGCCUUGUUGUUGCUCUGGUUGCAAGUUGAAACGUGGAAAAACCUCGGGAGUGAGGGAAACAAAGUGAGAUUACUUCAAGAUAUCAAAGAACAGUUUCUCCGCAAUGGGUCGCCAUUAGAGUUACCAGAAGAAAUAAAGAAACGAACAGGGAAAUAUUUCACAAGUGAUUUGAAUGAAACACAAAGGGUUAUAACAGAACCUUUGCGGUGUUAUUGGUGUCCUAGAUUUACCCUGCAUCAUUUGAAAUCGCAAACAUCAGACAAACAUGGAGCCAAACCUGGUCCAAAAUCCAUCAGGACUGCUGUCCAACCAAGCACCAGUCCCUACCAUCUAGUAAGACCUCACUCCAGUUCUCCACGCCUGACCGCGCACACGAGUGAUCCACAUCACGAGGGUGUUCCACGCGAAAGCCCACCACAGGCGAGUACCUCGCGUCUUAAAUUAAACACGAGUUCUCCACGAGUCACUCCGAGUCUCUCUCGCGGGAAAGAUGAGAAACCCCACGCGAGAUCAAAGUCGGCUCAGAGUCGAAUUAUAACCACGCCAUGCCACACGAACGCUGGUAAAAAGCAACUCGAGCUCUACGCGACUCCUCAGCUAUCACAGUACGGUUAUCAGAAAGGUCCAGUUAGUGUGUUUCCACCUUGCAACGAUCAGGAAUAUCUCUCGUCCGUCAGAUUAAUCAUUAACCCAAGGUGUAAGCCACAAGCACGCACGGCUUGGCCAGUUAGGCAAGAAGAUGGCAGAAACACCGAUGAUAAUUUCUUCAAUUACCAAAGAGAAAAUGGUUUUCACGAAUCAUUGUUUGAGAGCUUGACGUACCAGAACGAAUCUGGAUGCUUCUUCAGGAAAUAUGUUUCCAAGCAAAAUAACCAAUUGUGGUUGAAUUGUCUGUCGUUUUGGCAAGCUGUCAUGGACUACACGGCGUUAUUUGAAAACGAUACGUUAAAUCCUGCAGACAUCUUGAGGAAAGCACAGUGGAUCUACGCCAGAUUUAUAACGUCAGGCAGUGUCAGUGAUAUCAGGCUGGAUUGGAAAACCCAAGAUGAUAUUCGGAGUAGAUUGGAUCCACCAUUUGAAGAGCUUUUCGACUGCGUUGAGGAUCACGUGCUGGCGUGCCUCAAAGAACCAUGGGAUAGCUUAUGCCGCGACGAACGACGGGAAUAUAACAUGAUUCCUAAGAAAGAAACUGUCCGUUAUCUGGAUGUAAAACUGAAGCGAAUACAAGGACGAAGUAGAAAUCCUUUUAUGCAGGAAGAGCUUGAAAGUCAAGAUGGACGCGGACAAUCACAGCAGGGAAAGUACAGCAUUGAGGAAGCAAAUCAGCCUUUCCCUGUGCCACACGAUGGCAUCAGUUUUGAAAAUGUUAUCAAAGAUAGAAGUGAACUCGAAGGAUUUCAGAAAUACUUGGAAAAGAAAGAUCCUAAAGGUGUGAUAGAUUUAAUGGCAUGGACCGAUAUGGAGACGUUUCAACGAAUACCAAGGACAAUCGAAGACAAAAGAAAUAAGAAAGCGAAAGAGAUUCGUCAGGGGUACUUAAACUCCCGAUAUUUCUUUGGACCUGACAGUCCAGCUACUAAAGAAGCUCAGAGUUUAAUCCUAUCAAUGAAUGGUUCCCAUCGUGUGAUGAAGGAGCGUCCGUCAUCUUCAGUCAUUUCAGAAUGUCAAAAAUACGUACGCUGCCGAAUUGAGAGACGAUGGCUGGCGCUGUAUAAAGCAAGCGAGGAAUACAGAGAAAGACAGAAUCCAAAACAAAACGUUUCCGAGGUUGUGGAAGAUAUCAUGCUGAGAAGAAGACUGCAGAGAAGCGAGGCUGCUUGGAGGGUUCUCAACAGCCGCUGGGUUUCCUCGUCACGUGAUAUUGUUGCCUUACGUCAGACUCUGAACAACCCAGAAUCCUGCCUGGCCUUUAGAAAGUUUGUCGCAUUGAAAGGCGAUACCUAUGAGAAUGACGUAUUGUUUUGGAUUGAAAUACAGAAAUACAAGGAUUUGUGCCACCGUCACGCUUCAGAGCAAGCAAUCAAAAAGAAAAUUCAAGCAAUAACUGAUUGUUUUAUCGCAUCAUCGAUUCCACCUGAGCUACAGGUUGAUGUUCCAAUUGAAAUGGCCGAGAAAUUGAUGGAGCGUAUAACCAGCAGAAAUCAAAACAUUGGACCAUAUUUAUUCAGAGAAGUGCAGAUGACUGUAUUUCGGGUUUUAUUCAAUAUGUGGAAGGAUUUCUGUAGCUUUCGCAGCUCGAUUAACGACGAGAGUUUGCUGAAGGUGCUGGACAAGAGAUUGCUUCAGCAUCGCGCGGAGAUGAAGGCAAAAAAAGAAGCUCAAGAAAGAAGGAAAAUCGCGAAACAAGAGGCAGAAAGAAAGAAAAAGGAAAAAGAAGAAAAAGAGAAGAAAGAAUUAAAAUCAAUGGAACAACUUAUGAGCUUGAUGUCAGAGAAUACGUCAUGGGAACAGGAGGAGAAUGACGUCAUACUGUGGAAAUACUCGAAACACAUUUCAGCCACUGUUGAACCAACGUCACGUCAGAAGAAGAUAAGCACGCAAGAUGACGUGACGUCAUUCAUGGAACUAGCCAAUCAGAGAAGCGUUGCGACGAAGUCAACCAAUCAUCUCACGAGUAGCUUAAAAAGCGAAAAGAAUGUUUCGAAGGCGAAGCGUGUCAGUUCAGUUAUGGCAGAUUCAGCGGUCAGUGGAUACAGCAAAGCUUCUGUGAAAGGAACAAGUUCAACCACUUCGCGGAUCCCGAAAAUCAGCAAAUCACGACGCAGCUCUAGAGCACGUGGUAUGAAAAGAAAUGACGUCAUGGAUAGAAAUAGCUCCGAUAGCGAGAAACAAAAUAUUGCAAAGAAUAAACUCUUGAAGAGCAGAGAACGAAAAAAAACUAAAAAGAUCGUAGAUCAUGAAAUACUUGAACGUCUAUCCAAUGUUGACAGGGAACCGACCCCCGGGGAUAAAGAGGGCAGGAUAAAGAGCCCUGCAAUAAAAGAACCUCGGAUAAAAUCCCGGGGGAAAGAUGCCCCCUCGGUAGAUAGUACGAAGACGCUUGGGGAUGAAAGUGUAGUGGUCGAGCGUCCUGGAAGUCUGAGAACCAGUGUGUUACGACGUCAAUGGAAUCACAGUCUUGAUAGGACUAGGUCACCUGUGCCGCUGACGUCACAGUUAUUGCAAGAUUUCACAAAUUCCCCUGAAGGUGCUCCGCUAAACACACCAUUAUCAUUGGGUCGUAUAUCAGACUCUGAUGAACUUGUAGCAACAAAAUCAUCAGAAAUUUUUCACAAAGUUCCGCAAAUAACUAUCAGUAAAACUUCAAAAGAGAAAAACUUGAUAUCCUGGAGAACUAAGCGUGCAAAUCUUCGCCAAAAAGAAAUGAAGCAAUUUAUUCCUGAUGUCAUAGUUAAUUAAAUGGAAAUAUUUCUAUAUUUUAAUUUUUGAAAAGAAAAGCAAGGAUUAGGCUGUUGUUUAGGAAGAAAUGAAAACGAAAUACAGUUAAAGACAUACUGUUCUUUAUUUCCCAUAAAUAUUGACUCUUAGGAAGAUUAUACAAUAGUUUUGAAAA